AUGGUCGACCCCAUCCUAUUGCAACGCACUGGUGAUAAGAUCCCUGCUGUAGGUCUCGGCACAUACAAAAUAACCAAUGAUCAAGGCGAGGAGGCUAUCUAUAAUGCCAUCAAAGUUGGCUACAGGCAUAUUGACACAGCAUCUGUAUACGCCAAUGAACAAGGAGUAGGCCGUGGUAUAAAAAAGGCGAUUGAUGAAGGCAUUGUCACUCGGAAGGAUCUUUUUGUUGUUACCAAGUUAUGGAACGCCUUCCAUCGAAAGGAGCAUGUGCGUCCAGCAUUUGACAGGCAACUCAAGGAUCUCGGCUUGGACUACAUUGAUUUGUAUUACAUGCAUUGGCCAUUUGGACAAAAAUACGUAGAUCCAGCCGUCGAAUAUCCAACAGCUUGGAACCAUCCACACACCAAGAAAUUUGAAUGGGAGCAUGUACCUGUGCAAGAAACAUGGCAUGAAAUGGAAAAACUAGUCGAUCAAGGAUUAGUACGCAACCUCGGCAUUGCCAAUUUUAAUGUACAAUUGACACUGGAUUUGCUCACCUAUUGCAAUAUCAAGCCCGAUGUUAUUCAAGUGGAGAUUCAUCCAUAUCUUCAACGCAACAAGUUUAUCGACUGGAUGAAACGUCAAGGCAUUCAAGUUACUGCCUACUCAUCAUUUGGAUCGGCUGCUUUUAAUAUAUUCACCCAAGAGAACAAGCAUCUAACACCGCUACUCGAACACGAGACUAUCAAAGCGAUUGCUGAUAAACAUGGAAAGACAACUUCACAAGUGUUGCUACGCUGGGCCGUUGAACGUGGAUUAGUGGUGAUUCCCAAAAGCGGUAAUGUGGAUCGCAUGAAGACGAAUUUCGACUUGGAUUCAUUUUCGCUUGAUGAUAACGAUCGUAAUGCUAUUGCUGCCAUGAAUGCAAACAUCCGCUUUAAUGACUUGGAGAUCUAUGGUAUCGAUAUCCCUUUGUACGAAUAA